GUACCUAAGGAUAAAAAAAUUACAGGUCUAGGAGAUGUGGCCAGGUGAGCUGGUGCCCUGAUCUGUGAAAGACGCCGUUUACAGCAGUUUACAGCAAGCCUUCGAAGAGCUUGGAAAGUGUAAUUUCAAUUCAUUUUCGUCAAGGCAGCUUCAAAUAUGAAGAAAUCGCCGUUAAGUACGCCACGAGGUAAUGGCGGUCGGCAAGGCUUUGGGUGGAAAUCGCGCGAGUCGUACUCUGGUACAGGUUAUGGCUGUCCCAGGAAUAAUAAUUAUGAACGAUAUUCUACGGAUUCGAGCGGUAAUAAUGAUUUUAUCCCUCUGGGCUUGAGUACUCCUGUAAAACCUGAAAGCAGAAACAGUGGGAAUUGGUCUGGUCCUGGUAGUGGGCACGGUUAUUGGAAUUCCGGAGGAUCUGGAUACCAUCGUAAUAAUAGCUUCCAAAAUAAUUCGAGGGCAGCAUUCAGGAACUCUCCUUACAGACAUAGGAAUAAGAAACACCAGGGGCCGCGGAAUAUUUUGAAUGAACAAAACGAUAUAAUGCAGUAUGUAGAUCUUGCAUCUUUCCUUGAAGAUCCUUGGGCGGAUCUAAUUAAAACAGUCCCAGGAACAGAAAUUAAUAUGGAAAUGCAUAAAUUUUCAAAGAAGGAAGGAAAGAUCUACAAUGCUGUAAGUGAAAACCAAAAUUGGGUCGGUGGGAGGCAGGAAAACGAGAAUGAGAGUUUAGGAAAUAGCGAUUCCUUAUGCGAGAGUACACCAUUGGAAAGUAGAUUUUCCCAAUUGGCAGAUGUCAAAGUAGAGUUAGGUGAAAAAGCCUUGGAUAGUUUUGCACAAGGUAAAGAGGAAGUGAGUGCACCAUUAAAGAAACAAUCGCAUAGUAUAUAGUGAAUAAAGCUUAUUCUUUAUUUUAUGUUGCACAUACGAUAUAUUUUGUAAAUAGUGGUAAGUUUUGUAAAGUACAUGAUGUCUGAGAUUAUCAAAGCAGUUUUAGUAACAGUAAGGUUUACUAGAUAGAACCUUCUUUGUUAAUAUCAUUUCUCAAGGCAGAUAAUCGUAAGAAUCAUUUUGGCAAUAAAAUGUCACAUAUCAACUAUUUUUACAAGAAAGUUGUAGAAUGGUACAUCGUGUAUUCUAGAUGUGUGACACGUGCAAUUUUAAUUUGUUUACGUUUAUUGUACAUAUUUGAGCGUAAAGUAUGCUACAUCAAUGAAUUUUAAAGCAAUCGAUAUGCUUUCUGUAUGACUUUCUAAGUAUUUAAGAUGUUUAUACAAAAGUAUACGUUUUUCCUAUGUUUAUAGUGUCAUUUUCCCCCUUUUGGGAAAGGAAUAAAGGAAGUUCAAAACUUCGUUUCAAAUUUGAAUUUGUACUAAUAGAUGGAACAAAUCAAUGUAGAAUUCAGGUGUGAUAUAAUUGAAGGUAUUGUUUAUCGUGUCGUGUAAAGGAUGAAAACAAGUGAUCGUUGUACAUAAAUAUUUUGCUAUUUAUAGUUGUUUGGACACAUAAUUGUAUUAUACAAGGUGCCAAAACGUAGAUAAGCUCUUGAUGUUAAAUGCAGAAGAUCAAAGUAUCGUUAAGUCAACGUGCAAUCAGAUGUUCAAAAUAAGGAAAUGGCGAUUUGCUAUAAUUGAUCUCUUUUCCACAGAUGCGAUGACAACUACUGUAUAUAUAUUUAAGGUAUCGGCGUAUUUUUCGUAUUUCCGAAUAAAAUAAUUCAAUUCGA